ACUAUCGCUGGGUUUCUUAGCGCACCAGCUGAAGCGCUGAUACUGCUACAACCAACCAACCAACCAACUUACAGUGUCCCUUGAGUCCGUGUCCCUCAUGGCAUCCACUGAACUUGCUACGCAGCGUGCGCUGUAUGUUGGGAAUACCAUUUCCACAGUCGUUUAUGGAGGAAAUUUAUUCCUAUAUGCCUACUCUACUUACCUGCUUAUGACCUCGAUCAAGCAGGUGCAGCGCAGGAGAUUUUACAUAGGUUUCGGAGGCCUUCUCUUGCUUCUUUUGACAAUCGCCCUUGCAAGUAAUAAUGCCAUCUGUGAACUAAUGUGGAUAGAACAGCAAAACUACCCUGGUGGCCCAUCUGCAUAUCUCGCUGCAAACUUGGCCGCUUGGUACAAUGUCUUUGGCACAGCGGCAGACUGCGCCGCAAAUAUUCUGACAGACGGACUUAUGCUUUAUCGUUGUUACAUUAUUUGGGGGUCGAGCGUGUCAAUAAUUGUCAUACCUGCAAUUAUAUACUUGGGAUCUACCGCUAUGGCGGUCAUGAUGGUGGUUGAGAGUGCCAUGCCGAUGUCAGAUAUAUGGCAGGGCCUUGCAGCACGAUCCGGCAUUUCAUGGGUUGCCUUAACUGUCAGCUUUAACAUCAUCGUUACUGUGUUGAUAAUUUCCCGCCUGCUAUUCUUUCAUCGCAGAGUACAAUCUGUUCUCACCGAUCAGCAGAGGAGUACUUACACGGGCACUGUGGCAAUUUUGGUCGAGUCUGCCCUCCCUUUCACAGUUCUGGGGAUCGCCUACCUUGCCACCUAUAUCCAAGGUGUUCCAAGUGCGACGGCGGUAGGAAUAGUCUGGGGAACCUUUGUGGUUUUGACACCCCAACUCAUUAUUUUGAGGGUCGCUUCAGGGGUUGCAUGGUCAAGAGACACGGCCUCUAACAUCUCUCUAACAACUCUGCAUGCAAAUUUCCCUCACAACUCGUCUUCUAGCAGCAGUAGUAUGAACUGUAAGGAUCCGUAAUAGUAGGGCUCGGGCAUGGUACCACGUCCACAUCCGAAUUAUUUAGCUUUGAAUCACAUUAUUUGCAAGAUAUCUUCCGCCUGUCUCAAAAUUAUCGAUAUUAUUAGUAUUCCCACACUUG